GAUCGCAAACCCGGAAGAAGCCUCUGGUAGCUGGGUUGUGCCGGCCGGCCUGGCACUGCCAUGCAUCCCAUGGAGGUAGGUCUGGUUCCCGCUCCAGCGAGGGAGCCGAGACUGACCCGCUGGCUGCGGAGAGGCAGUGGGAUCUUGGCGCACCUGAUAGCUUUGGGCUUCACCAUCUUUCUGACUGUGCUGUCCCGGCCCGGAACCAGUCUUUUCUCCUGGCACCCUGUGUUCAUGGCCUUGGCGUUCUGUCUCUGCAUGGCUGAAGCUAUCCUACUCUUCUCACCUGAACACUCCCUGUUCUUCUUCUGCUCCCGAAAAACCCGGAUUCGACUCCACUGGGCAGGGCAGACCAUGGCCGUCCUCUGUGCUGUCCUAGGCUUGGGCUUCAUCAUUUCCAGCAAGAUCCGAAGUGAGACGUCCCAUUUGGUGUCCUGGCACAGCUGGAUAGGAGCCUUGACACUGUUAGCCACUGGAGGACAGGCACUGUGUGGGCUCUGCCUCCUCUGUCCACGAGCAGCCGGGGUCUCAAGGGUGGCUCGCCUCAAGCUCUACCAUCUGACGUGUGGCCUGGUUGUCUACCUGAUGGCUACAGUAACGGUGCUCUUGGGCAUGUACUCGGUGUGGUUCCAGGCCCAGAUCAAAGGUGCAGCCUGGUACCUGUGCCUGGGACUACCAUUGUACCCAGCCCUGGUGAUCAUGCACCAGAUCUCCAGCUCCUACUUGCCAAGGAAGAAGGUGGAGAUAUGAAUGCCUCCAAACUCUGAAUCUAGGUGGGAGUCUUGCCUUGGAUUUCAACAGUUCCUUGGUGAUCUUCACAGGACCCACUUCAGAAGUAGAUGAAUUUUUGCACUUAAUGGCUGAGCCACAAUGUGCAGAAACCCUAGCUGCUACUGUUGAGGCAUGAUACAGUGGGCUCAAAGGGGGAGAUGCCCUACUGUGUACAAGUGGAAGGUUUGGGAGAACCUGAAACCUCACUCUUGGUGGGAGACAGAAGUAUUAGGUGGUGGUAGUGGUGAUGGUGAUGGUGAUGGUGGUGAUUUCUUGCGUGCCUGAUGAAGCGUUCUCGUAGGUUAUGAAUGACAGCCACAGAUGCUGGGGUCCCUGUUGAGAAAGCAGUGCUAUGGAGAGCCUGUAACCUCUCAGGCAAUGACAAGUUCCAUAUCUCAGGACCUCACUUUCUGUCAGCUGAAGGUCCCUUAUCUUUAACAUUGGUGUCUGACAGAUUGAUGUCGCUGAUACCCUCUUAGCUCCGGACCACGUGGGCAGCUCAGGAUGUAAUUCUCUCAUCCAUUUUCCCUCUACUCCCCUAAAAGGACCCUUCAGAAAUCAUGCCAACUUGGUUCCUGAACCAAGAAACAAGGGCCACGCACAAACUGUGGAAAGAAGGGACCCAGGGGAGGUCUCCUGGACAAUAAGGUAGUAAAGGCACUGAAGUCACUUUAAAGUUCUUUAGAGGAACUGAAGGCAGUACCUUACCAAGCCCUUGCCUCCUGGGCUCCUUAGCUGAGCUUAGGACUUCCUUCAGGCUACCUCUGGGUAUGCUCCUGCCAUUCAUUCUCAGGGCAGAGUGGUCCUGGGCAUCUUACUCGGCACGUUGCUCCAUGGAACUAUUCUUAAGCUUUUAGAACAAAAUAAAAACCAAGGAGUAGGCCCCUCUUGACCUAAGGAAGACUCUCUCCCUGUUGCCCAUCUUUCCUUGUCGUUUCCUAAGCUUUCCUUAGUUGCUGUCUCCGGCCAGCUGGGCCUAAGAGUAGGAUGAUGUCGAUAACUGUGCUCUUCCCUGCCGAUAUACCUCCUUGAUCUGGGUUCCCCAGCACAUCCUUGGUUGUGAGGGCUACAUGUUAGAUUAGUAAGCUGUGGUGUAGGUCAGUCUAGGAGAUGGGCUCUCUAUAGAUCCUAAUAAGACUGAAGACUGCUGAACCAGGAAAGGUAUCCACGCAGCUUUCUACCUCGGAGAUAGAGCCAAACACUCUGGGAGGCCUGCAGUAUAGGGGCUGGAGCACCAGUUUCAGAGACAAGGUGUCUCUGCUUGCCUAUCUCAGAUCCUCUGAAAAUUUAAGGCCUCUUCUCCCAAUGGCUCAGAAACAAGGCAGGUGGGAUUCAGUAGAGGAAUGGGGACUAGGGGGCACAAGUAUUCUCAGUGGACCUCCCCUGGGCUUUCCUCAGGGAGCUAGCAUGACUCUCUAAAUACAGCUUGAUGAACAGAGGCCCCUGCAGUGCAAAGGGGAACUAACUGUUCUUGUCUUUUUCAAAGCCCUUUCUCUGGCUCAAGCCAUCCAGUGUGCUGUGAACUUGGAGGGGCAUGGUUACCCGGCCACAUGAAAGAGACCCUCUUACUAGGGUCACUUUGAUAAAGGGCGCCCAUCUCCUUCCCUCCUUAAGGCCAGUGCUGGGGGCUCCCUAGGGUGGGCCAGGUAAGGUUCAGCAGCUUGUUCUCAGAGCACAGAGGCGAUGCCAGAAAGCCUGAGCCUGCCUGAGGUGUUGCCUCCUCCCAGGUGGUGCGGGGGCUGGUGGGCGGGCAGGCAGGCGUGCUGACAGCCGGCAGUUUGCGUGGGCUGUGCCAUCUGAUGUCUAUUCGCAGCCCCGGGAGGAAGGGGAGUCAUUUAUAUUCUGCAGGAAGAAAGGCCCCAGCUGUCGCUUCCUCUGACCAGUGGGCCUGGAGGGCAUCGGUGCAGGGCACAGAGGAAGAGUACAGGUAGUGGUGGUCUCCUGCCUAGGGAUCUGACCGCAGUGUAGGGGGCAGGGCACCAGGAGGAGCCCUUCUUCCUGUUAGGCCAGAUUGGGGCGGGGCUUCCCUCCCUCCCGUCUUUCCAUCCUAGGGCAGCAGCUGGACAGCCAUUAGUCCUCAGUGCCAGGGUGCGCGUCCUCCAGCUGGGAUCUGUGGCUGCCGGCUGCGGAUGCCUCCUGGCUGUGUGCUCCCUCUUCCGCACACCUGCCCCCUUUUGUAUCUUCUAAUGUCAGAAUACUACCCGGGCUUCUCAGUAGCAAGGAAGGGGCCUUAGCAGGAACACAAAUGGCUGUCCUUUGGCCAUGUUCCUUGACUAGGGAAAGCUAGUAGUAGUCAGCCUGUUUUGCUUUUUUUUCAAGGGGACACUCAGGAUAUUCAAGAUUUAAAAAAAAAUUGCCAAUCAUUUGCACAAAUUUCCAUAUCAUGCUAAGUUCUGAUUCCAUAUUUGAUGGUGUUCCAAGCUUGACUAUAUUCAGACUCAACCUUGAGGGCAUUAGAAAGAUAGUUUUAUAUCAACCCCAAGUGGGCACACUAUCUGUGGAGUCCUCUCAGGAGCCCCUUUGUCCCUGUAUCCUCCCAUUGGGGUUGGGGUGGCAGUGAACGAAUGACAGGAGCUCUGCAUCUGAGAACUCUUGCUUCCCUCUGGCUGUCGCCCCAUCCACGAUAGGCUGCUAUCAGUUGCCAGCCUAUUCUUGCUUUCCCCUUCAAAGCAGGCCACCCUCGGCCCAUGACACUGGCGUGCCCCAUCUCUCAGUGUCCCCACCUUUUCCACUCCCAUGCAUGGCUGCUGUGGGUCUUGUUUUUUAAACCUCGCUGUGGGAGAUCCAGGCAUCCUCCCUGAGCCAGCUGGCUGCCGUGCCAAGGCCUGUUCAGAGUUAAUAAUAAUCAUUAGUUGAAUGGUGCUGGGGCCUUUCAGCUCCAGAUCUCUAAGCACUUGCAGGCUGAGUCAGCCAGUCACCUUCCCCCUCUUCCUGGGCUUUGGAGUGUAACAGCAUGGGAAGACACUGUGGGAGAGGAGGGGAUCAGGAUUCUUGCUGCCUGGCUAUACCAGAGGCUUUUCUCCUCUGAGAGGAAGCAGUCAGGCCAAGAUACACAGAGAAUACAGUGUGCUCAGCUGAGAUGGCUGUGGCUGUGGCAGCUGAUAACCCCAAGCCUCUAGUGCUCCUGUGUACUUGCCUUGGCUUCUGGGGGCACCCCACCCAAAUGCCCUUAAGCAAGUCUUGAGAGCAAGAAAGUGUCUGAGUUUGUACCCCCGAAAUGCCCUGGUCUGUGGCUGGAACAAAGAACCUGUGUGUUCUGAACCGGAAGGUUUAUCAGCCUGGAAAAGCUACUUAAUGAGUGUCUCGGCUCCUAACACUGGGUGGCACAGGCCAACUAUUUGCUUCUUAUCUUACCUCACAGGGAUGUUGUGAGGAUUUCACAAGAGAACAAGGCUCAAAGCAUUAAACAGAUGGAAAACAGA